CCAAUAAAUAAUAUUAAAAUUACAGAACUAAAACCGACAUUCAUUCCCUUGUAGUAUCUUCUGAAACCUGCAUAAUGGCUUGUACUUGCUCAUGUACUGCAUCUUCACCAUCCUCAUAAUCGCUAUCAUCGCUAUCUGCAUCGGAAAUCCUACUGACAACAGCAUAUUCAUGAUCUAUGCUCAUGUCAUUGCCAUCACGAUCUUCCAACCCAAACCCAGAAAGUCGCGCAGCUGCUAUCCCUACUUCCACACUUCCAGUGAAACCAGCACAUCAGUAAGUUCACCUCCAUGUGGUAUGUAUGGCAUGCAUGGCUUGUAUAUGAGAAUUUCAGUCAUACAUAUCCAUGCAUCACCAUGCCCACAGAAUUUAGCCAUGCAGACCACACCACUAUGCGGUGGUUGUAUAGUUGCAUGGCUGUUGUGCAGAAGUUCUUGGUUUUGGGGAUGAUUUGUGCACUGAACUGCAGAAAAAUGACAAUUCGGA